AUGAUAAAACUUGAAUCGUAUACCAGCAGUGCUUCAGAUGCUGCCAAGGACAUAUACCGCUUCGAAGGAGUGACAAAUGUCCUGGGCACCGGCUAUCAUGACGAUGAGAUAUCUGAGGUAUUCACACCUUUCCACUUCCGGACCUUCCGUUUCAUCCGGGUCAACAUUGAUGUCGGAUCAUCCGGGUUGGUUCUUCACAACAUUGAGAUUGAGACAGUGAAUUAUCAUUUAGAUGUCCGGGCUAGCGUCAAAGUAACAAGCUCCGAUGAUCUCUCCCACAAGCUAUGGGAGACGAGCCUCCAAUACGCCAUGGACACUCAAAGCUCUGCCCUGUUUACCUACUAUCUCUCUGGCGAUGAUCGUCGGGCCCCGUCGCAUAAACCCCAAACGAUUCCCCAUUUCUCGCUCUUCUGGAUUUGCAUGCUCAAGGAUUAUCUGGACUUCUUCGGCGACAAGACCUUCCUAGCCCCCCUCGUUCCUAUCGUGGACGCAAUUCUGAACUACUUUCAUUGUCGCCUGGAUCAGAGGCUUGGGCUUGUCGCUUCUGAUAUGCAACCUGGUAUCUGGAAUUUUGUCGAUUGGACCGAGCAAUGGAGGCCGUACGGGAUUCCCCCAGCCGUGAUGAGGACGGGGAUACCAACCUACAUAAACCAUCUUUACGCUUAUGCCUCGAAGAACGCAGCUGCGCUCUUGACCUCUCUGGGGAGACCGAGUAUUGCCGAAGAAUACAUGUACCGAGCGGGUCGGCUUGUUCAUAGCCUCCAGCUUCACUGCUUCGAUGGCCAGUUCUUCACAGACAGCCUCGUAUCCUCCGCAGACAAAGCUACAGACUACAGCGUCUACAAUCAGGUCUGGGCCGUGCUCAGUGGGGCAGCAACUGAGAAGACGGGCCAGGAGAUAUUGCGUCGAAGUCUGGACCCAGCCGCAAGGGAUAGCUUCGUGCAGGCGUCCAUCUCAAUGUCCUUCUAUACGCUGCGGGCUCUUAGACCCGUGGCGCGCCCAGCGCUGGGCCUGACCACAUGGGAAGGGGACGGUGUUUCUCAACGCUCCGACUGCCAUGCAUGGGGUAGCACACCCAUCUACGAAUUCAUGGCUGAGGUUGUGGGACUCCGACCCACUGACCCGGGAUGGUCGUCCAUCUUAUUCCAGCCAAGACUAGCCCUGUACCGCGAGCUA